ACGCGGUUGUUUCCAUGACGUGGUUGUUUCAUGUGACGCGGUUGUUUCCAUGACGUGGUUGUUUUGUGUGACGUGGUUCCUGCAGGUGAUCCGGCCAGAGACGUGUUUGCCGUGCGGGAAGAGGAUCCGCUUCGGGAGAAUGGCGGUGAAGUGCAGGAGCUGCCGCGCAGUCGCUCACCCCGAGUGUAAACACAAGUUCAUCGGCGACUGCUCGUCUGCAGCAGGAGGUACAGGUCACAUGACACAGGAUCUAUUGGAGAGUUUUGCUCCGCCCACUCAUCCGCGAGUCCCUCGCCUGAUCAUCGAGUGUGUGAGUGAGAUCGAGAGGCGGGGCCUGGAUGAGGUGUUGAGUUUGUCUGUGUCUGUCCUUUGUCUCCGUCGUCCUCAGCGAGGACUGUACCGCGUCCCCGGCGGCGAGCGUCUGGUGAAGGAGCUCAGAGAUCGUUUCCUUCAGGGAAAAACUGCGCUCAUGUUGAGUAAAGUGUCCGACGUCCACGUCCUCUGUGGACUGUUGAAGGACUUUCUGAGGAAACUCAAGGAGCCGCUCGUUACCUUCAAGCUGCACAGGACGUUCAUGGAGGCCUCAGAACUGCCUGAUGAAGACAGCAGCUCAGCCGUCGUCUACCAGGCCAUCGCUGAACUCCCCAAAGCCAACAGAGACACUCUGGCUUUUCUCAUGCUGCACUUACACAAAGUCAUGAAGAGUCCUCGUUGUCAGAUGGACCAGAAUAAUUUGGCUCGUGUGUUUGGACCGACCGUCGUGGGUCAUGGGAUGUCUGAGCCGUCGCCAACGACCAUCAUGAGAGACACAAACACCCAGCCAAAGGUGAUUUGUCGACUGCUGUCUCUCCCUGAAGACUACUGGAGACAAGUCCUCGCCGUCCACGCGGAGACUCCACUGUCCUCCACCAGUAAGACCUGUGGACCGCAGGACAGCCACGGUCGUCUGUUUGAGCCGUUAACUUCUCCUGAACUCAACUCUUUUUAUAAAAGUCACACAAACAGAGGAUCAGUGAGAGGACGCAGCAGCAGACAGCAGGGACACACUGUGUCCAACAUUCGAGUCGAACCUGGAAGAAGAUUCUUUACGUCACCGAGCUGAACUCGCGUGUGUGCGUGCGUGCGUGCGUGCGUGCGUGCGUGUGUGUGUGUGUGCGUGUGUGUGUGCGUUCCUAAAUAUUAAACAUGAAUGUUAAUGAUCUUGUUUCUUAAAAUCAAAGAAAUGAAAUGGUGAAAAAUAAUAAAAAGACACUUGCUUCACGUUUGUGACGUCAUUUAUGAAGAAGCAGUUUCUCUGGCCGUUUCUCAAUAUCUGUACUAGUGUGUACUAGUGUGUACUUGUGCG